UUGACAUCUGAGGGUGCAAAGUACACAGGGCAUACAGAAAUCACCCUUUUCAGUUGGGCCUUAGAUUUUAAUUACAGUGCAUACCAUCAAUUCCUCUGAAUGAAAGCAGCACAGAUGGCAGCAGUGGCCCUGAAGUGAGUCGCUGUCUACUGCAACAACAAUCUGCAAAUUCCAUUGGUGCGAACACAUUAUAUUCAUUUGGUCAUUCCUGGCAAUGGCAUCCAGAUUUCUGACCUCCCUACCUUCCAUUACCAUUCAUCUCCCACUUUUCUUCUGUCUCCCUCCUGCUAUUAGACCAUGUCACACUAAUGUGGGCAGUACUAAAAGAAAAAACACUUUUUUUUUUCCCCCUCAGUCUUUUGGCCUUGGCUCUGCACUAAGCUGGCAUUAUACAAUAGCAAUUUGAUCCAAGGUCCCAACACAGGGGCUCAGCAAUUACCGUUUGCCUUGGUAAGCAAGUAGCGUUUUAAGACCCAACCCAUUAAGUUGUUAUUGCAGUUACAUUUCGAAAGAAAGAUAUGUCAGGGAAAACGUCUAUAUUUGACAUGGCAGAUAUUGCUUUGCCCUCUUUGUCUUUCACAAUGCAGGAGCUUUGAAACAUACAAGAAGGCACAAAAAAACAAAAAACAAAACAAAAAAAAAUAAAUAAACGGCCAGAAUGGGGUGGAAAAAUGAGAAGUCAUUGCUCUAUGGCAUUGACGACUCUCCUCUUUGAAACAUUUUCAGAACUAAUUAUCCUGAUCAAGACAAGCUAUAGUCUUGCUCUCAUCUCUAUAUGAAGAGUACCAUGAACAAAAAUAGGCAUUCUCUUUCAUUUAGUAAAUGAAAGUGUAACAACGCCUUCAGAACACUCACCAUUAACAGCCAACAAAGACUCCGUCUCAUCCUUAUGCUAUCUGAAACUGCCUCCCUUCCUGUCCAGGUCGCACACUGGCAGGUGAACCUCAUCUGACCUGCAACCUCUGCCUGAGAGCUCAGCUGCUGCUGUGGGGUGUCCAUGACCAUUGGGGAUGUUUGGAGCGCAGGUUUCUAACCUUGCCUCUCUGCGCUUAUCUUGGGACUCCAGUUGGUUUAUGAAAGCUGCAGAAGCAUCCCGACAUUUUAGACUCCAUUCUUCCUGCCAACAAGCAGUCUGGUGCAAGGUGCUCUUCAUCUGUGGAAAAUGUUCCGACUGCAGUGCGACAACCUAAUGGGGGUUUCACAAAGGGAAGCUACCUGGUUCCCGAGAUAUUUUACAGCUGAGCCAUCUCCAUCCUUUCAUUGCCAUCAGUAGUCCGAACAGAAUUGAUACAGGCGAUGUGUGUGUCCCUCUCCAUGAUUGGCUUCUACUUUGUUUGGCAUCUUCUUUUGGCUCUGUUUUUCUCAUCGUUGGAGAGUUUCCUCUGAGUACUACUGCUAAACUCAACCCCGACCUGUGAUGACCUCCAGGGACAUCCGGUGUCCGGACUCUCCACGAGCGCGACUAUCGAAUUGCUGCUGUAGAAGUGAAGCCCCAAUCCACUCUUGAGUAUGGACUUAGCAAGUCAGGCUCAUGCGCUGGUGGUCUUGCUCACCUGUGUGGUCUUGCUAUGCCGGGCCCAGGAGAGGGACUACACGGUGAAGGAGGAGCAGCCAGAGAACGUCCGCAUCGGGAACCUGCGCAAGGACCUGGACCUCAACCUGGACCCCAACAUCAGGCUAUCCUCGCCGCUGCAGUUCAAGCCUGUGUACAAGACAGGUGACGUGCCUUUGGUGAGGGUGGAGGCCAACACGGGGGAGAUCUUUACCACCGGUCACAGAAUCGACCGGGAGAAGCUGUGCUCUGGGGUCUUCGCUGAGAAACGCUGCUACUAUGAGAUCGAGGUGGCCGUGCUGCCCGACGAGAUCUUCAGAUUGGUCAAGAUCCGCUUCCUGAUCGAGGAUGUAAAUGACAACGCGCCGCUUUUCCAGUCCACUGUAAUCAACAUCUCCAUCCCAGAGAACACAGCCAUCAACACCCGAUACCCGGUGCCCUCGGCAUUUGACCCCGACGUAGGAAUCAAUGGGAUCCAACAUUACGAGCUGGUCAAGAGCGUCAGCGAGUUUGGCUUAGACAUCAUCGAGACUCCUGAAGGCGACAAGUGGCCGCAGCUCAUCGUUCAACAGAACCUGGAUCGCGAGCAGAAGGACACCUUCGUCAUGAAGAUAAAGGUGGAGGACGGUGGCAACCCUCCCAAGUCCAGCACUGCCAUUCUCCAGGUCACCAUCUCUGAUGUCAACGACAAUCGUCCAAUCUUCAAGGACAGUGAGCUGGAGGUCACAGUCCCGGAGAACGCCCCCAUGGGGACGUCGGUCGCUCAGCUUCACGCAACGGACGCAGACUUGGGUUCCAACGCACAGAUCCACUUCGCCUUCAGCAACCAGAUCUCUGCCUCAACCAAACGUCACUUUGCCAUCGAUAGCUCUACAGGACUGAUCACUGUGAGGCAGCCACUGGACAGGGAGGUAACUCCUGUUCAUAAACUCAUCGUGCUUGCCAGUGAUGGCAGCUCCACCCCCUCCAGAGCCACGGUGAUUGUUAAUGUAACAGACGUUAAUGACAAUGUUCCCACCAUAGACACUCGCUACAUUAUCAACCUGGUUAAUGGGACUGUUCUUCUGUCUGAGAAUGCACCUCUCAACACCAAAAUAGCCCUAAUUACUGUUACUGACAAGGAUGCAGAUCUUUAUGGCAAAGUAGCUUGCUACACUGACCAUGAUGUUCCUUUUCGGUUGAAGCCUGUCUUUAAUGAUCAAUUUUUACUAGAGACAGCUGCCCCCCUAGAUUAUGAGACGACUCGAGAAUAUGCAAUUAAGAUAGUGGCCUCGGAUAGGGGGACGCCUCCUUUGAACACUUCAGCUAUGGUUUUAAUUAAAAUCAAGGAUGAGAACGACAAUGCGCCAAUCUUCCCCCAGCCGGAAAUCCAACUUUCCAUACCAGAGAACAAUGACCCCUCUACACAGUUAAUAAAAAUCAGCGCCACUGACGCAGACAGCGGACAUAAUGCUGAGAUUAUUUAUACUCUUGGCCCUGAUGCGCCUGAUGGGUUUAACAUAGACAGACGGUCAGGAAUCCUCUCUGUUGGCAAACGACUGGACAGAGAGAAGCAGGAGAGGUACUCAUUCACUGUCAUAGCGAGGGACAAUGGCUCCGCGUCCCUGCAGAGCAAUGUCACUGUCAGGCUAAUCGUCCAGGACCUUAAUGACAACAGCCCGGCUUUCACACACCCUGAGUACAACUUCUAUGUGCCUGAGAACCUGCCUCUCGAUGGAACUGUCGGGUUAAUCACAGUGACGGACUCAGAUGCGGGAGAUAAUGCUGUUAUAACGCUGUCCAUUUUGAACGGGAAAGAUAAUUUCAUCAUCGACCCCCAAACUGGUGUGAUCAAGCCCAAUAUCACCUUUGAUAGGGAGCAGCAAAGCUCUUACACAUUUAUGGUCAAGGCAGUUGAUGGAGGGCAACCUCCGAGCUCCUCCUACGCCAAGGUCACUAUCAAUGUAGUCGACGUGAACGACAAUCGCCCUGUGUUCGUCAUCCCAUCCUCCAAUUACUCAUAUGACCUAGUGCGAACCACCACCACCCCUGGCGCUGUGGUCACCAGAGUGUUUGCCAUUGACAAUGACACAGGUAGGAAUGCUGAGCUGCAGUACAGUAUUAUCAGCAGCAUCAUCAUCACAUCUAGGGUCUCCCCUCGAGGUCUCUUCACCAUCAACACAACAACGGGUAACAUAACGCUGCAGGAGAAAAUAGUGGCAGCUGAUCAGGGGCUGCAUAGGCUGGUAGUCAAGGUCAAAGAUCUAGGCCAGCCUGAGUCAUUACAUGCUAUUGCACUCAUUCACUUGUUUGUCAAUGACACUGUGUCAAACGCUACCUUUAUUCAAGAGCAGCUGCGAAAAAGUAUGGAGACACCCUUGGACCGUAACAUAGGGGACAGUGAGGUAACUCCUCAAGCCAACGGAUAUGUGAUUGUUGUCAUAGCUAUCAUAGCAGGGACCAUGACUGUCAUCUUGGUGAUAUUUGUGACUGCCUUGGUGCGCUGCCGGCAGACACCCAGACACAAAGUGGUACAGAAGGGCAAGCAGAGUGGCGAGUGGGUAUCACCCAACCAAGACAACCGUCAGAUCAAGAAGAAGAAGAAGAGAAAGAAGCGAUCCCCAAAGAGCCUCCUGCUGAACUUUGUGACCAUAGAUGAAUCCAAGCCUGACGACCCAACCCAUGAGCAUGUAAAUGGUACACUGGAUCUCCCUGUGGAGUUAGAGGAGCAAACCAUGGGGAAGUACAACUGGGCCACCACGCCCACCACCUUCAAACCCGACAGCCCAGAUUUAGCCAAGCAUUACAAGUCAGCGUCCCCUCAGCCUACAUUUCAAAUCAAACCGGAGACUCCAGUGGCCCCAAAGAAACACCAUGUGAUCCAGGAGCUCCCAUUGGACAACACGUUCGUGGUGGGCUGUGACUCACUCUCCAAGUGCUCAUCGACUAGCUCCGACCCCUACAGUGUCUCAGAGUGCAGCUGUCAGGGGGGAUUCAAGACUGCAGGGCAAAUCACCACCCGACAGAACCUGAGCCAGACACUGGAAAAGUCUUUUAACUCACCGCCCCCCAUUUGUCCUCAUAAGGAGGCCUGUCAGCUCGGCAAGAUCACUUCUGUGAACACCCAGCGCCGUGUCACGUUCCAUCUCCCAGACGGAUCCCAGGAGAGCUGCAGUGACAGCGGGCUGGGAGACCCGGAGCCGAGCAGCACGGCCAGCACCACCCAGCCUCUUCCCCUCAGCUUCCCUCAGGACGAGUACUACGAGCAGACAUCGCCUAACAGCCGCACUGAGGGAGACGGAAACUCAGACCCUGAAUCUACCAUCGAGGUGAACCUGCAGAAAGCCUUGGCCGAGGCCUCUGAGACCUGUACCCAGGAGUGUCUGAUACUGGGCCACUCCGACAGCUGCUGGAUGCCCCCAGCCCUGGCCCAGUUCCAGAGUCCUGGUAGCAACAGCCCCACCUCCGCCCCUACUGCCACCUCCAUCACCGCUACAAUGCCCUCUUUUGGCUUCCAGCAGAGCUGUGCCCGGGGAGCCAAAGCCAACAUGGGCAGCAUGGGCCUCAUGGAUGGUCGCCACACCCUGGGCCGGUCCGUGCCCAGAAAAGAUGAACUGGACAAAGGGAUCAACCGGCCGCAGUUCUACAACACCCUGGACAGACACUGCAGUAAGAAGGAGGACCCCGUCAAAGUCAUCCCACUGGCGAGCUUCUCCUCCCCCGCGGAGCAGACCACCGGCGGGGGCAGCGGCUCUUUCUUACACGAGCACCAGCUGUAAGAGUCAAAGACAGAUCUCCAUCGGCCCUGACUCUAUCCACAGAUGGCAUCUCGUCAGCGACUUAAUGAUCAGUGCACAUGCGUACGCGUGGAGGUAUGCAUAACGCGAAGAACUCUAACCAGCUCCAGCUCAUUAUCACUAAAGAAGACUCGUGAGAGAGGAUUCGAUCACGACGGCAUUGCUGAGACACACUCAGACGGGAUCAGUCUGACAGUCAAGGCAUUUGAAAUGACAAAUAAGUCUCAACAUAGCAGGCCCAUGUAUAAUAAAUCAAGGUAGUUCUAUACCAAAGUAGUCCCAUCACUGAAAAAAAAGAAGAAGAAGUUUUGCUUUCAGUUUGGUGAUGUUUGCUUAGUGAAAGGGCAACGUGCGCUUCAAGCUCCCCGGGCCCAGCUUUGUGGAACUGCGUCCUUAAAGACCUUUUCCUUCAUGCAGAAAAAAAAAAUUGCAAAAUAUAGUUCUUUGUGUUGAGUGAGCUAAAUUGGGCUAAAUGUUAAUUAUGAGCUCUGGGUGGAUGGUGUUUCUGUUCAAGUUCUAGUGAAGUAUUGCUCUGUAUAGCACGCAGCACAAAAACUCCUUUGGUGGUGGAAGAUAUUUCUUUUUGUCUCGCCUGAACGUGUUUCAGAAAUCUAUUUUGGUCAGGGGACUGCAGAAGGAUAAAAAAAAAAAAAAAAAAGAA